UGGGUACCAUUCGGCCUGUUCGGCGAUUUAUGCGAUGAAUCAAGACACCGAAAUAGUUGCGGAUAGGAAAGGAAACACCGCAUCAUAGUGGGCUAUCCAAAGAUCAUUCCUGGAUGAAAGCAUGAUAAAUGCAUCAAAUUGAUCACUUUUCUCUUUACUACACCACCUCAAUCUACUGCCCAUCAUGAAAAACUCUCUUGUUUGUCUUUUGGCUUCUCUUCUCCUUGUCGAUCAAGCAUUCGCUGUUUCUAAACGUGGGAUCGCAUGGCCAUGGUUCGAAAAGUAUCCAGUCAGCGAUUUCUAUGCAAAUGGCAGAGUAGGCUGGGUUUAUGAUUAUGAGCAUUAUCGCCCAACAGGCGGAAACGUGCCUAACGGGAUGGAGUUUGACGUAAUGCAACGAGUCAAUGAUGGUUCUAUCGGUCAAUUAGCACAAGCUGCUGCACAAAAUGGACCAUAUGUCUUGGGCUUCAACGAACCUGACAAUGCAGGUCAAGCGAAUCUCUCUCCUCAAGAGGCUGCGAAUCUCUGGCGUCAAUACUUCGAACCUUUGCGUGCUAAAGGCAAAAAGCUUGUGGCUCCCGCCAUCACAUCUUCAAGCAAUCAAGGUCAAGGUUUGAGCUGGUUAGAUCAAUUCAUUGAAGCUUGUUCCGGUUGUCAUUUUGAUGCAUACGCCUUCCAUCCAUAUGCACCCGAUGCCGCUGCCGUGAAAGGCUCAGUGGACUACUUCAUCAAGUACAAAAAUGGCAAAUAUACUCCUGCUUGGAUUACCGAAUUUGGUCGAUCACCCGAAACUGUAUUUGCGGGAGGUGGUGCGGAUUUUCUCCGUUCUGUGAUUCAAUAUUUGGAUGGCGAGUCAAAGGUAGAACGUUAUGCCUAUCUUGCACGAUUUGAUCCGAAUAGCGUUAAUGGUGAACGUGAUUUGCAAAACGCUGACGGCUCAAAAACUUCUUUGGGCAACGUGUACGUCAGUUGAGGAAAGAGCAAAUCACACUUGUGGAGCAGCAUUUUACUAUGCUUCACAACUUUUACGAACACUUCUGCACAGUGAUCACCUUCAAACCUAUCUGUAUUGAACACACUCUAAUACGUCAAUAUCUGUUUUAAUUCGAGCCUAAUACUAGCAGUGGUGAUGAUGAAGAGCGUCUCGACUGAUCGGUAAGUGAAUCUUAUUCAAACAAGGUGUUCGACGUGCGAACAGUUUUCAAG